UGCUGCCACGUAAGGAAACUUCAUGUGUAUUUCCACCGAAAACACCUGGCGGAAAUCACAAGAAGCGAAUAUAAAGGAGGACUUUUUUGUACUUUCACUCAACUUCACCCGUAGCCCGAGGCUUUCCUUUUCCUCUCUCUCUCUCUCUCUCUCCCGUUUGCCGAUAACGUGAACGUGAUAACACUACGAUUCGACUUACAAACGGUUACUAAUAACUUCAAUCUGGCACCCUUCUCUCUCUCUCUCUCUCUAAAACCCUCAAUCACAGUUUUCUCUCUCUCUCUCUAGCACAAAAUGAAAAUGAAAAUGCGAGUGCUCUUCUUCGUUCUUCUUGUUCUUUCUUUCUCUUUCAAAUGUGAUGGUGAUGAGAAGGUUGAAGAAGACAGAAACGAUGUGGUAGUAAAUGGUUCUGAAUUGAACAACUCGUCUAGAUCUACGGAAGUUAGUUUCGCUAAUAUGAUCGAUCAAGCUCUUGAAAAGGAGUUCAAUGAGACUGACGACAAGUCCGAUGCUACUGAUCAGAGAAGCUUCAACAACAGCGUGGCGGAACAAGAGGCAGUUUUGGAAACUGUUGCAAGGGUCAAGCCGAAGAAGAAUGAGACGAAGGAGGAAAAGUCAUUCCAGUUGCAUGAUGUUUUCCACUUGGAGAAUGACAAUGGAGCUGAAGAUACACCUACCUUGAUAGAUCGAAAGGAUAAUGUCUUUAUCAUGUCUAAUCGCAAGUCGAAGUUUCCAGUGCUGCAGCUAGACUUGAGAUUAAUAUCGGAUCUCGUUGUUGUCAUUGUUUCUGCAACUUGCGGUGGCAUUGCGUUUGCUUGUGCUGGACAACCGGUUUUCACAGGAUACUUGCUAGCAGGAUCUGUAAUUGGACCUGGGGGUUUUAACUUUGUCAGUGAAAUGGUGCAGGUGGAAACAGUUGCUCAGUUUGGUGUUAUUUUUCUUCUAUUUGCAUUAGGUUUGGAGUUCUCCACGGCGAAGCUUCGCAUUGUUCGAGCUGUUGCUGUGCUAGGAGGGUUACUCCAAAUAUUUCUCUUCAUGUGUUUGUCUGGUAUAACAGCCUCGUUAUGCGGCGGGGAAGCAUCUGAAGGUGUUUUUGUCGGCGUCUUCUUAUCAAUGUCUUCAACAGCAGUGGUGUUGAAAUUUUUGAUGGAAAGAAAUAGUGUUAACACCCUCUAUGGGCAAGUCACUAUUGGAACUCUUAUUCUGCAGGAUUGCACGGUGGGUUUGCUAUUUGCACUGCUUCCUAUUCUAGGUGGUACUUCUGGUGCACUUCAAGGAAUGUUUUCCAUGGCAAAACUAUUUGCUGUUCUGGUCACAUUCUUGAUCAUUUUGUCGGUAUUAUGUCGCACUUGUGUACCUUGGUUUCUUAGGCUAAUGAUAGGCCUAUCUUCACAGACUAAUGAACUGUAUCAACUUGCAUCUGUGGCUUUCUGCUUGCUCGUUGCUUGGUGUAGUGAUAAACUGGGAUUGAGUCUUGAGCUGGGUUCUUUUGCUGCUGGAGUGAUGAUAUCAACAACCGAUCUGGCUCAACAUACACUUGAGCAGGUUGAACCUAUACGGAACUUCUUUGCUGCUCUUUUUCUAGCUAGCAUCGGAAUGCUCAUCCAUGUUCAUUUUCUUUGGAAUCACAUCGAUAUCUUAGUAGCAGCUGUUAUAUUGGUCAUCGUUAUAAAAACUAUAGUGGUUGCUGCAGUUGUCAAGGGUUUUGGUUACACCAAUAAGGCUGCCAUUCUUGUUGGAAUGUCUCUGGCUCAAAUUGGAGAGUUUGCUUUUGUUCUUCUUAGCCGUGCUUCAAAUCUUCAUCUAAUUGAGGGUAAAGUGUAUAUGCUGCUUCUGGGCACAACUGCACUUAGCUUGGUGACAACACCUUUGCUUUUCAAGUUAAUUCCUGCUGUUGUGCAUCUUGGAGUACUACUACGGUGGUUCUCACCUGAAAUACCGAAUGAGAUUGGACCCAAAGGAGAUAUCCUACGUGCAGACAGUUCUAAGCGUAUCAGUGUACUGAUCCAAGGAUCCCGUGAUUCAUGAUAGUUAAACAAAAAAACAAGAAGCAGCAAAAGCAAUUCUCACUUACCUGAUGGUAUUCUGAUGCUAGAAGACUGGAGUGCAAAGGAGGUUGACUGACUGGACAGUUCAUAAUCAUGAAGCUCCUAUGCACCAACAUCGGGUAGUUUUCUUUGAUACAUCGGAGAGAUCUCAAGAUGCAGAGCCGUUGAUCUAUCUGCCAACAUUCUCUGGCAUUUAUUUUUUGAUAGGUCAUUACUUCCAAUUAGGUGCGCGACAUACAAUCAUGUCCAUCUGUAAUGCAAUUGUUUAUAUUCUAGCUUGAUUUUAGUUUUGUUUUCCGGGGUUGUCAAAAUAACCCUCUCAAUUUCAGUCUGUAAAUAGAUGAUAACACAUAAAUGUACGAAUUAUAGCUGUAUGUAUACAACUGAUCCUGAAAUUUUCUGGUGGAGUAUCCAGUGCAUAAAA